ACCGGCCGGGCUGAAAUUUUCAUCAUCUUCUCGUUCGUCGAUUGUCCGCCGAUCGUCCGCUGAUCAUCCGCCGACCAUCCGCCGAUCGUCUCUUCCACCGAUCUUCUCGUCCGUCGAUCUGCUUGUCCGCCGAUGGUCCACCGAUCCUCUCUUCCACGAUCGUUCGCCGAUCUUCUCUACCGCCAAUCGUCCGCCGAUCAUCUUUUCCACCGAGCGUCCGUCGAUCCUCUCCUCCGUCGCUGCACUUCUUCUCUUUCGCCGAUCAUCUUCAUCUCCCUCGUCUGUUCUGCUCAAAACGAUAUGUAUCGUAUUCGGGUGAAACCGUGAAGGGAAUGAAGGCCACCACACCAAUGUUUAGCUGUACACUUUGGCAAGGUGUUAAUAUGUACUUGAAGGCCUUUGGUCCUUCACUAAGGCUUUUUGAUGGAGAUAAUAACCAAUCCAUGGGCUUCAUUGUUGAAGAAUUGAAGAAUGCAAAGAAAGAAAUACAAGCACUUUAUAAAAACAAGCAAAAGGGUGUUGAGGAAAUUUAUGGUGAAAAGGAAGGGACUUGGAGGAGAAGGGACACACACGGGAGUUCCCCCUUUGUUGAGCAUAUCUUGCUCCACUCUACUGCUACCGUGUUUGGUGCAACUCUCCCUUCAUUUCAUUUUGCUGUCACCUAUGCAGCUUUCUUUCCAUUUGCUGCCUCUUGUGCAGCUUUGACACCACAGCUCCAACACUCCUCCUUGGUGUUAAAGCUAAGGAUAACAUGACAUUAACCAAGCAUUUGGAGUCUAGCAUUUGUGCAAUUCUUUAUGCUUUGGUUUUGAUUUUUGUUGCUGCUAAAGCAUCUCUUUUAGCAGAUCAACUCCUUCAAUGUUGCAGCUUCAUCUUUCUUGGAUUUGCUGCUUUAACACAUUUUUUUGGAGCUUUGUUGAGCCAUUUUGCUGUCUCGUUGUAGCAAACAUCAUAGCUUUGAUGCCAUUUUUCAGCUUCUUUGUGCUUGGUGUUGGUGAAACCUCCAUCAAAGCCACAUCCAUGAAGAGUUUUCUUGGGAAAACUCAAGACAUAACCAUAGCAAACUUAAAAGAUGGAUGGACAUAUCAUGAAAUGAAACUGAUUUUUUUGU